GAUGUCGCAGACGCAUCAGAUGCGGAAACAGAGGGGAGCGAUUUCGAUGAGGAGGUUUGGGAUGACUACUGGUCCAAACCAGCAGGUCCAGCGCGGACCGACAGGAAUAUUGCUGGAACCAGCACUGCUGCAAAGCAGGCAGUGCAGAGGCUGCAAGCACGAGUCAAUUUUGACCCCCUGCCACGAGCCGGAAGUAUGAGUCAUGCAGCUCAGAAUUCUGCCGUUCAAAGCGAGCGAAAGGCCGCGGCCUUCCGAAAUCUCGGACUGACGCAAGACUCCAGAGCGACCGUGGAGCAAGUCCUGGACUCCAGAACGAUGCAUGUUCUCAGCAAGUUCCUAAAGCGUGGUCUUUUCGAUGAGAUUCAUGGCUGCAUCAGUACUGGAAAGGAGGCAAAUGUCUACUAUGCUACAUCUGGUGAUGGCAUCGAGCGAGCGGUCAAGGUCUACAAGACGUCCAUUCUUGUCUUCAAGGAUAGGGCUCGCUACGUGGAAGGGGAGUUCCGCUUCCGGCAGGGCUACUGCAAGGGCAACCCAAGAAAGAUGGUCGCUCAAUGGGCGGAAAAGGAAAUGCGAAAUCUGCGCCGGCUUGCAGCCGUCGGGAUUCCCUGCCCAGAGGUGGUUGAUGUCCGCCAAAAUGUCUUGGUGAUGGAGUUCCUCGGCCACGAUGGGAAUGCUGCUCCACGACUGAAGGACGCUGAGGGGCUUGAUGCCUCGGCCUGGGAUCAGCUUUACAUCGACUGCGCCGUGCUCAUGAGGGGAAUGAUGCAGCGCUGCAAGCUGGUGCAUGGUGACCUCUCAGAGUACAACAUGCUACACAGCGAUGGUAAGCUGUACAUCAUUGACGUGUCCCAGUCCGUGGAGAGCGAUCACCCUCAAGCACUGGACUUCCUCAAGAGAGACUGCGUGAACGUCAACAAUUUCUUUGCCAAGCGAACGUCAACAGGAGCUGUCCCAGUAAAGCGCCUUUUCGAUUUUGUUGUUACGCGCGAGCUGCCAAGGCUUGGCUCUGCAGGGAGUUCUGACGACGCUGAAGCUUUCAAGGUCGCUGCACAAGCAGGGGAGUGGCCACGAGCCCACGUCACAACGGCAAGCAAGAUGCAGCAUACGCAGCAGUCCCAUUCGUAA